AUGGACAUGCUCAUCGCUCUCCUCUUCUCCUUAAUCUGCGUGUCAUCAUCGGUGAUCGUGCCGCCGGUGGUGGCGGAAACCGAUGCGGAGGCGCUCCUCCGCUUCAAGGUGUUCGUCCGGAAGGAUCCUAGUGGAGUCCUCUCUUCUUGGAAGGUCCCUAGUAUUAAUGGUCCAUGUAGCUGGCGUGGUGUGACGUGCAACGGCGAGGGCAGGGUGACGGAGCUCGACCUCGCUGGCGGCGGCCUCGCUGGGCGUGUGGAGUUUGGUGCUUUCUCUGGCAUUGACACGCUGUGCAGGUUGAACCUCUCCGGCAAUGGCGAGCUGCGUGCUGACGCCGGUGACUUGGUUAAGCUCCCCCGCGCGCUGCUGCAGCUCGACCUCUCUGACGGCGGCCUCGCCGGCCGGCUCCCCGACGGCUUUCUGGCGUGCUGCCCCAACCUCACUGAUGUCAAUCUCGCGAGGAACAACCUCACCGGCGAGCUGCCGGGGACGAUGCUGGCCAGCUCGCCGAGCAUCCGGUCGUUCGACGUGUCGGGCAACAACAUGUCCGGCGACAUCUCCGGCGUGUCGUUCCCUGGGACGCUGACUCUCCUCGACCUGUCCGGCAACCACUUCACCGGCGUCAUCCCGCCGUCGCUGUCCGGCUGCGCGGGCCUCAAGACGCUCAACCUGUCGUACAACGGCUUCGCCGGAGCGAUACCGGAGUCCGUCGGCGCCAUCGCCGGCCUCGAGGUGUUCGACGUCUCGUCGAACCACCUCACCGGCGCGAUCCCCGCCGGCCUCGGGAACGCGUGCGCGUCGCUGCGUGUUCUCAGGGUCUCGAGCAACAACAUCUCCGGCUCCAUCCCGGAGUCGCUGUCGUCGUGCCACGCGCUCCGGCUGCUCGACGUCGCCAACAACAACGUGUCCGGCGCGAUCCCGGCCGCCGUGCUCGGCAACCUUACGGCGGUGGAGAGCCUCCUGCUCAGCAAUAACUUCAUCUCCGGCUCGCUUCCGGCGACCAUUGCGUACUGCAAGAACCUCCGCGUCGCCGACCUGAGCAGCAACAAGAUCUCCGGAGCGCUCCCGGCCGAGCUCUGCUCGCCCGGCGCGGCGCUGGAAGAGCUCCGGCUGCCGGACAACCUCGUCACCGGCACGAUCCCGCCGGGGCUGUCCAACUGCUCGCGGCUGCGGGUGGUCGACUUCAGCAUCAACUACCUGCGCGGCCCGAUCCCGCCGGAGCUUGGCCGGCUCCGCGUCCUAGAGAAGCUGGUCAUGUGGUUCAAUGGCCUCGACGGCCGGAUUCCGGCAGAGCUGGGACAAUGCCGGAAUCUCCGCACGCUGAUCCUGAACAACAACUUCGUCGGCGGCGACAUCCCCGUCGAGCUCUUCAACUGCACCGGCCUCGAGUGGGUGUCUCUGACGAGCAACCAGAUCACCGGCACGAUCCGGCCGGAGUUCGGCCGGCUGUCCCGGCUCGCCGUGCUGCAGCUGGCGAACAACAGCCUCACCGGCGGGAUUCCCAAGGAGCUCGGCAACUGCAGUAGCCUGAUGUGGCUGGACCUCAACAGCAACCGGCUCACCGGCGAGAUCCCGCGCCGCCUCGGCCGCCAGCUCGGGUCGACGCCGCUGAGCGGCAUCCUGUCCGGGAACACGCUCGCGUUCGUCCGCAACGUCGGCAACUCUUGCAAGGGCGUCGGUGGGCUGCUGGAGUUCGCCGGAAUCCGGCCGGAGCGGCUGAUGCAGGUGCCAACGCUCAAGAGCUGCGACUUCACGCGGCUCUACUCCGGCGCGGCGGUGAGCGGGUGGACGCGGUACCAGACGCUGGAGUACCUGGACCUGUCGUACAACAGCCUCGACGGCGUCAUCCCCGACGAGUUCGGCGACAUGGUGGUGCUCCAGGUGCUCGACCUGGCGCGGAACAACCUCACCGGCGAGAUCCCGGCGUCGCUCGGCCGCCUCCGCAACCUCGGGGUGUUCGACGUGUCACGCAACAGGCUGCAGGGCGGCAUCCCGGACUCGUUCUCCAACCUCUCCUUCCUCGUGCAGAUCGACGUCUCCGACAACAACCUCUCCGGCGAGAUCCCGCAGCGGGGGCAGCUCAGCACGCUGCCGGCGAGCCAGUACGCCGGCAACCCGGGGCUGUGCGGCAUGCCUCUGCAGCCCUGCAGCGACAGGCUGCCGACGGCGACCAUGUCGGGCCUCGCCGCCGCAGCGUCGACCGAGGCGCCCCCGCGGCGCGCCGUGGCGACGUGGGCCAACGGGGUGAUCCUCGCCGUGCUGGUCUCCGCCGGGCUGGCGUGCGCGGGGGCGAUAUGGGCGGUGGCGGCGCGGGCGCGGCGGCGAGAGGUGCGCGAGGCGAUGAUGCUGAGCAGCCUGCAGGACGGGACGCGGACGGCGACGACGUGGAAGCUGGGCAAGGCGGAGAAGGAGGCGCUGAGCAUCAACGUGGCGACGUUCCAGCGGCAGCUCCGGAAGCUGACCUUCACGCAGCUGAUCGAGGCGACCAAUGGGUUCUCCGCCGCCAGCCUGAUCGGCUCCGGUGGGUUCGGCGAGGUGUUCAAGGCGACGCUCAAGGACGGGUCGUGCGUGGCGAUCAAGAAGCUGAUCCACCUGAGCUACCAGGGCGACCGCGAGUUCAUGGCGGAGAUGGAGACGCUCGGCAAGAUCAAGCACAAGAACCUGGUCCCGCUCCUCGGCUACUGCAAGAUCGGCGAGGAGCGGCUGCUGGUGUACGAGUUCAUGAGCCACGGCAGCCUGGAGGACACGCUGCACGGCGGCGGCGACGGCGGAGGCGGAGCGUCGCUGUCGUGGGAGCAGCGGAAGAAGGUGGCGCGCGGCGCGGCGAGGGGGCUGUGCUUCCUCCACCACAACUGCAUCCCGCACAUCAUCCACCGCGACAUGAAGUCCAGCAACGUGCUCCUCGACGGCGACAUGGAGGCCCGCGUCGCCGACUUCGGCAUGGCGCGCCUCAUCAGCGCGCUGGACACGCACCUCAGCGUCAGCACGCUCGCCGGCACGCCGGGGUACGUGCCGCCGGAGUACUACCAGAGCUUCCGCUGCACCGUCAAGGGGGACGUCUACUCCUUCGGCGUCGUGCUCCUCGAGCUGCUCACCGGCCGCCGGCCCACCGACAAGGAGGACUUCGGGGACACCAACCUCGUCGGGUGGGUCAAGAUGAAGGUCAGGGAGGGCGCCGGGAAGGAGGUGCUCGACCCGGUGCUCGUGAAGGCGGCGGACGACGGCGGCGAGACGAACAGCGAGAUGGCGAGGUUCCUGGAGAUGGCGCUGCAGUGCGUGGACGACUUCCCGUCGAAGCGGCCCAACAUGCUGCAGGUGGUAGCCAUGCUGAGGGAGCUCGACGCGCCACCGCCGCCGACUGCCGCUGCUGCUUCCAACGCCGGCGACGCAACGGCAGUGUAGUAUUAAUUUCUCCCCAUAAAUUGAUUUCUGCAGAGAGCUUGUGAUUGAUUAAUCGACCUACGGUACUACUACUUUGUAUGUCAUGAUCACAAUUCACAAACAAAUCCAGAAUGUUUUGGAUGAUGACAUCAGUGCCGGAGCCAGUGACAUUUUGUAGCACGGGCGAUUAGGUACGUGUACUAUCCAUAUAUAAUUUGUUUACAUAUGUUAUGACAUAAAUAUAAUAAAAAUACCGAUGACGGAGCUCAGGCAGUUGC